AUGGCGCGCGGACCCCGCGGACACCGCGGAGCGCGGGGAGGGGCGGGGCCGGCGGGCCGCCUCGUGCCGCGCGGAAACUCAAACCGGCGGUCGCCCCCGCAGCCAAUGGGCCCGCAGCGCCGCCCGCCGCCAGCCAAUGGGAGCGCGCCGCCGGGGAGGGGCGGGGCGGCGCGGCGCUGCCGGGCGGCGGCAACUCGCGGGGCCGCGGCGGCGGCUGCGAUGGCCCCGGAGCGCGGCUCCCGUCCGUCCCCCGCCGGGCCGCCCCCCGCCGGUACCGAAGGGCUGCCCAGGGCCUUCCUGCAGAGCCUGCGCACUCUCUUCGACAUCCUGGACGACCGGCGGCGGGGAUACGUGCACCUCCGAGAGAUCGAGUCCCGCUGGCAGGGCGCGGAGGCCCGCGAGUUGCCCUCCGGCGUGCUGGACGGGCUGCGGCGGGCGGCGCCGCCCAGCGGGUAUCUCACUUUCGAGCGCUUCGUCCUGGGGCUGCGAGCCGCGCUGCCCGGCGCCGACGGCGGAGUCCCGGGUAAGGGCAGAGCACCGGGGCGCGGGGAGCCGCGGGACAAGGAGCGGGACAAGGAGCGCGGCCGCGGCCCCGCCGUCAGCGCCUCGCGGAGCCUGGAGAAGCUGCCGAGCCCGCAUGGCAACGAGGAGCGGCGCGGGCAGAGCGGCGGACACCGCGAGCCGGAGCCGGGCCAGGGGCAGCCGCGCGGCCGAGGUAUUGAUGUUAAGUCUGCUGGGCUUAACCAAGGAGAUGGUGGCCAUGUGGGCCCUGGAGACAUUCGGAGACAUCAGAGGGGACGUGCAGAACACCGGAGACACACUAUUGCCAAUGGUGUGGACUUUGGCAUGCUGAAGCAUAUGAAGGAGCUGGAACAGGAGAAGGAUUUCCUGCUUCAGGGUCUGGAGAUGGUUGAGCGUGCCCGGGAGUGGUACCACCAGCACAUCCACUGCAUGCAAGAACGCCAGAGGCUGCUGGGGAAAAACAAAACCAGCACUGACUUCCUUCCUGAUGGCAGCCAGAGCCAACUGGGAUGCCUGAUCCCAAAGCUGCAGGAGGUGAACCGCUGCCUGGGUGACCUCUUGGCAGCUGUGGGCAAGCCAGGGAACUCCACCUCAGCGCUGAGCAGGCUGACCCCCACUGCCCCUGCGGUGUCCCCAGUCUCUGCAGUCUCCCAGCAAGCCAUCAACAUGCUGAAGGAGCAAAACCGGCUUCUCACCAAGGAGGUGACUGACAAGAGUGAACGCAUCACCCAGCUGGAACAGGAGAAAUCUGCUUUGAUCAAGCAGCUCUUUGAGGCACGUGCCCGCAGCAAUCACGAAAUGAGCCAGCUGGACUCCACCUUCAUCUAGCACGUGUCUCCCAGCACUCCUGGCCCCAUAUUGAGCUUCUCCAGGGGGUUGGUGGGGCUGGGGCUUUUGUCCUGAAACCAUUCUGUCCAUUGCUCCAGGUGUUCAUCUCAAGGCCUGUGGAGGCCUGGAACUGCCCAUGGUGUCACUGUGGGAAGAAGCUGGGGACUGUGCUUCCCUGAUCUGCUUGGGCAGGCCUCGAGUCCCCUCCCUGCCAUGCUGCUGACAUGGCCAGCAGUGCUGCUCACAAGCUGCUCCUGUUCAAAACCAACUGCAGGUGAACUGCUCCCUCACCUCCCGACCCCCAGUGUGUCGGGUGGAAGCAGCUGCUGCCCUUACUGUGUGAAUGGGGAGAGCUGCUGUACCCUAGGCCUGACCUGGGCUGAAUUCUGGCUGCUCUUUGAAAAAGAUACUGCAUCUUUAACGUUCCAUCUGGCAUUCCAAGGCAAGCCUGCCCUGAAGGGCAUCCUGUCUGCUGCUUGUCCUUCUGUCAGACGACAGGAUUGAAAAUCUGUAAUAGGGGCAUGGCUAGUUCCUCCCUGCUGCCUGUGUUCUGCCCGCUAGAGGAAGCAGACUGGGCUAGAGCAAUGCCUGAGCUGGUGCUCCUCCUGGUACAACCCUUUCCAGUUUGCUGUAGUGAUGCCAUAGUCGCUGUUUACAUAUUUGCAGGCUCCUGUAGUUGAUGAGCCAUAGACCUGGAUCAGGUAACCUGUACCUCUGAGCUGCUCUUUCAGGCUGUUUGCGAUGGAGGCAGAUACCUCUCUUCAUCUUCCUGAACUGGCAAACAUUUCUUUAUGACUGCCAGACCUAUAUUUUUUCAUGAUGACUUUAGAAGGAGAGGUUGUCUUGCAGCAUGAGCCUGAUUUCACAGUGGGGCUUUAUGACUCGUUUUCUUGUUUAACUGAAUGUGGGUGAUGGAGAAGAGGCUGAUGGUCUCUUUCUUUUGCACAUCUCCUAGUGGAGAAAUGGCAGCUUUGCGUGGUGGUGUAAGCAUGGGUGAUGUUAGACUGGUGUGUCUCGGGAUACCUUCUCCUUUCCAUGCAGCUCAGUGAUGGGGCUUGACCUGAGCAAUAUUUUCCUCUGUGGCUUGGUACUUGUUACUGAUGGUACAUUUGUAGGUGAUCGAUGCGAGUCCCCACCUAGCACAGCCCUGGCUUUUCUCUUCAGCAUUGUUUCAUGUUCAGACUCCUGGCACAGUGCUGUAGCACAAUGCACCAAACUGGGCAAAAAGUGCUGGCCUGCCCUGCUGUGCCAGCUUCAGCUGUGUUAGGCUGGGAACUGUGCAGACCAACUCCUUGCCCAUUCCUGAGAAGAUCCUUUUACCCACCCAGUGCAGUUUGUCCCACCCAACUCUCUGAGACUGACUUUGACCUGAAGCUCACUGAUUGACGUUCAGUCCCUGUUCUUUUCUUGCACCUGCUGCCAGAGUGGGGAUCAGCAGAAUGCAAGGGAGAGGGAGGAAGAGCAAGGCCAAGGGAGUCAUUCCCUAUCUGCAGGUGUUAGUUAUCCCCUGGGCAUCAGUGCCUGCCAUCCCUGUCAUGAUGCCACCUCUGGUAUCCGGUGCCUGUUUUACCUGAGGCUUAACAAAAAGUGACUCUCCUCGUAACCCGUCUUUAGGGAUGAUAAUAAAGUGGGCUAAUCUAUUUAAUUUA